CACCCCAGGAACCGACCUGCAACCCAAGAAUGGAGACGCACUUGGGCGACGGGCGCGAGGUGGACGUGGAGGUGCCUCAGCCCGGCGCCGCGGCGGACCGGCUGGGGGAGCUGUGGUACAACAAGCUGCAGAUCAACCCGGCCCAGGGCAUAGCGGCGGCGGCGACGCCGGGCAGCGGCGUGGCAGAGGACGGGUCGGAGUUGCCGCCCCUCACCCUGGCGCCCGGAGAGUCGGCGGCUCGGCUCAACCCCUCCGUUGGCCGCCACGACGAGCAUGCACAUGACAGCAACCAGCAGCAGCCGACAGAUCCAGGGGUAGCAGCGCUGGACCCGCGGCACGUGACCGGCUAUGGCCUCAGCUACAGCCAGUACGACAGCGGUGAGGCCGGUGGCGGGCGUGGCGGCGGCGGCGAGGAGGGGGAGGCGGGGGAGGCGGCGGCGGCGGCGGCGCGGUCGGGAUGUUUGGGUGGCCCGGACGUGACGUCGGGCCCAGGCGCGGUGGCGGUGGAGGACGAGGCGGCCACAGGCGGCCGGGGGCUACAGAGGCAGGCGGAGCUGGCAGAUCUGAACCGCGAGGCAGGCGGGACCGCCGCCGGAGACGAUGCAGGUGGCGGCGGCGGCGGCGGCGGUGGUAGUGGCGGUGGCGGCGGCGGCGCACCCACGCGCACCGGCUUUGCGACGCUUAGUGGCUCGCUGCUGUGGCAGUGCAGCGGCAGCCCGGCACCCGCAGACUCCUCCAACGCGGCCGCCGUCUAUGCAGCUGCUGAUGUGGAUGUAAGCACCGAAUGCGCUGGCCCCGGAGGUGCCCACGAGGCUGGCGGUGGCCGCGGGGCCAGCGGCGGAGGCAAUAGUGGAGGCGAUAACGCCGCUCACGAGGCCGCCCGCCACGCGGCCGCCGCGGCCGCUGCCAACACGCCGCUGACGGCUGCGGAGCUGGGCGCGGGCGUGACUGGCGAGCAGCCGCUGCGGCCUGAGGACUUCUGCGAGCUGGGCAACGAGGCAGGUGGUGCAGUGGAGGCGGUGCAGGCGGCGGCGGCAUCCACGGCAGCGGGGCGUGACCCGGUCGGCGACCCGGGUGGAGCGCUGCGCCCGGGCAAGGGGGCGGUCAGGGAAGAUGUGGUGCUGGUCGGCGGCGGUGGCGGUGGGCCCAGCCAGCGGCGGCAUGCGGGCCUGCAGGUGAGCGCCGGAGACUACGAGUUUUGAGGACUGGGGUGUCACAGGCAAGGCUCCUGAGGCACUCUUUGAAACUACACAAGGCGUUUGGCUGGGAGCAGGGGCCCUCCUUACGGGGCCUCUCCUUGCAGUCGGGGUUGUGGAGUCUCGCCUGUGUGGGGGGUGGGGGCUGCCGAGGCGGUGACCAGCCGGCCUGACCCGCGCCUGGGUGUGCCCUCUUAGGAAUAAUGGGCAGCCUGCAGGCCGUGAGGCAAUCGGCGACAUGUUACGGCAUAGUAUCAUGUUAUGCCGGUGAUGGUGCCAUGGUGUGCGUGGGAGGGGAGGGGUAAUUGAUGCCAAUCUUAAGACCCAGCACCAGCUCACAGAACGCAGGCGAGGUCUGGCCUCAACCUUUACUUUGGACGCAAUUGAGCCGUGUUCUUCUUGUUGGGGGUGGAAGGGGGCUUCGCAGUUAUCGCUAGGAUGGCGGUGGCAUGCCGGAACAUCGACAUUACUGCUUGCUAUAGACCGUGCACACACAACAGCUGCUGGAGGGCUCAGCGUGGCACGGCGCCGCAAUGUUCCUCGAGUGCACGGCAGGGCCCGCGCACGGCCGGGGUGUGCAGGGCGUGAAGCCUCUAUCAGAGAACCCACGAACUCAUUGUAACGAAGCUGCGUGUAAGGCGGUUCUGAG